CCAUCUUGUAUAUACCACGUGUGCACAAUAUAAUUUUGAAUUUUUAAGAUUGCUGUCAGUUUUUUUUAUUGUUGGCCUAAGUAUUUUGUUCUUCGGUAUGUUGUCUGCUUAAUCCCUUGUAUUACAGUAUACAGUCUUGAAAAAGGAUUCUUAUUUUAAAAAGCAAUGAUGAUUCAUAGUAAAAAGCUUAGUGGCGCAGAAAACCGAAAACGAACCCAUGCAAAACAUGAAGCUCAAGCAAAAAUACUUUUAAAGACUGCUAAGUUAGAAACAUAUUUUAGCUUUACAGAUAAACAGCUUCACACAUCGCCGGUUGAAAAUGUAAAUAAUACAAGCGAUGAAAAUGAUCACAGCUUUAUUGUUAAUGAGAAUAACCUAUCAAAUCCAGACGAUUUAAUAUUAAUAUUAUCAAGUAAGAGCUGUACUGAAACUAGUAAAACUCUAUUGACUCCAGAAUCCAAAGAACUAAAUGAAACACCCUGUUUGUCCAUGCAUGAACAUAACAAGCCCGAAUGUUUAUUAAACCAAAAUGAUCACAGAUUCACUGUUAAUAAAGAUAAUCUAACAAAUCCAGACAAUCUUAUAUUACUAAAUAACAGCAGCACAGAAACGAGUAAAACUCUAUUGUCUACAGAAUCGGAAGAAAUAAAUGAUACACCACGUUUGCCAAUGGUUGAACAUAACAGUCUUCCUAAACAAAGUAUUGUUCCUGAAAAUGAUCCUGCCAAUUGGAUAAAAAAUCAAGAAACGAUAGAUUAUUUAUCAAUCAAUGGAUUUAACCAAAAUUUAGAGAACAAUAAUUUCCAAAAGUCAAAAAGAAUUUACACUCAAAUAAUUGGUGGGGUAAGACGUACUCAAAGUAAAGGAUCAAUAUUUUGUGCUCCCUGCUAUUUAUUUGGUGGCACUACAUCGUUUGCCACAGUUGGUUUUUCAGAUUGGAAAAAAGGAGAAGAAAAAAUCAAGCGUCAUGAAAAUUCACAACACCACAAAUUGUGUGUAAUGAAUAUGAAAGAAAGAAAAGAAGUAUUAAAUCGAGUUGAUCAAAAGCUAAAGUAUCAAGUAGAAACAGAAAUAAAUUAUUGGAAAAAUGUAUUGACAAGAGUUGUAGCUGUUGUGAAAUCCCUUUCUUCUCGUGGAAUGUCUUUUAGAGGUGAUGAUGACCGUUUUGGAUCUGUUCAUAAUGGGAACUUUAUGAUGAGCUUAGAGCUUAUUGCUCAGUUUUAUCCUUUUUUAGCACAGCACAUUGAGAAGUUUGGAAAUAAAGGAAAAGGUUCAACAUCGUACCUAUCAUUUAAUAUAUAUGAGCAGUUCAUAAGUAUAAUGGCAGAUAAUGUUAUUCAACAAAUGGUGAAAGAAAUUAAGGAAGCUAAAUACUUUUCCAUCAGUAUUGAUUCUACUCCUGACAUUAGCCAUGUAGAUCAACUGUCAUUCAUUUUUCGGUAUGUUCAAAAGAAUGGCUGUCCGGUAGAAAGAUUUUUAGGGUUUUUACCUAAUUCUGGUCAUAAAUCUGAAGAAUUAGCAAAUGCUUUAUUUUUAGUUUUAGAAUCGCAUGGAUUAGAUAUUAAUAAUUGUCGUGGUCAAAGUUACGACAAUGCGUCUAAUAUGUCUGGUAGAUACACAGGACUUCAAGCUCGCAUUAAAAAAGUUAAUCCUUUAGCAACAUUUGUACCAUGCUCGGCACACUCUUUAAAUCUUGUUGGUGAGUGCGCUGUGGACUGUUGUAUUUAUGCUUCUGAAUUUUUUAUUCUGCUUCAAAAUAUUUAUAAAUUUUUCAGUGCCUCUACUUAUAGAUGGGAAAUACUUCAGAAGAAUUUGAUUAAAACAGAAAAUGUAUCUCUUAAAAAACUAUCAGAUACCAGAUGGUCAGCAAGAUCUGAUGCAAGUAUUAGUUUAAACAAAAAUUGGAUUGAAAUAAUUAAUGCACUGUCUUUUAUCAAAGAUGAUAAAACAGAAAAGUCUAUUACAAGAUCCGAAGCUAACGGGCUAUAUUUAAAACUGGAUAGUCUUGAAACAGCUAUAAUGGCCACAUUAUGGGGCGAUAUACUAGAGAGAUUCAACAAAACUAGCAAACAAUUGCAGUCAGUUGAGAUUGAUUUAGAAACAGUUAAUUUAAAAAAGUUUAUCAGUAUGUCUUCAGAAAAAUGGAAGACUUCUUAUGAUGUUAAUCGCCAAUAUAAAAAGAUAUGGGAGCAAAAGUUUUUAUGGCUUCAAAUGGUUGAAGAUGAUGAAGCUUAUACUCAAGUAACAUCUAGACUACCAUCAUCAAUGGAGACAUUUAAAAAUUUAUCGACCUUGAAUCCAGAUAUUAUUUUAAGUAAAGAAUCAAGACCCGAUAUUUCUGAACUGCCAUUUUUACACCUAUUAAAAGAUGACUUGGUCUUAAUAGAAGAACAGUAUCGAAAAAUUCUAUUUGUAGAUUGGAAAGAAGAAGAACCAUUUAAAACAGGUGGUUUUCCAACUGAUACUGAGCAGUUUUGGCUAGGUGUUCUCCAGCAUAACACUUUUAAAAACCUUGCAAACUAUGCCUUAACUUGUUUGAUAACACCUGUUAGCAAUGCUGUUGUUGAGAGGAUAUUCUCCCUUGUAUCUGCCACUAAAACAAAAGCCAGAAAUAGAAUUUCACUAAAUAUGUUAGAUGCUGUAGUAAGAAUAAGAUCGGAACUAAUUUUAUCUGGAAAGUGCUGUCAAGAUUUCACUAUAUCAAAAAAAAUGCUGACUAAUUUUAGUUCGGAUAUAGUAUACAAAUCCAAUAUUGGAGACUCUUCAUUUUCAGAAAAUAUUGAUGACUUUGAAGUUGAUAUAUAG